UGCUGACGUCUCCAGACUCUGGUGUAAGGUACACAGAGACAUGGCGAGUCCCUGCAGGGAAAAAAGCACAUCGCCUCCCCUUUCCCUCUGUCGCCUUCUCCCUCUCUCCCCUCUCCAUUUCUCCUUCUCUUCACCUCCCCAACACAGCCUGAAGCAUCUCUGUUGUGAAUUCGGUCAACUGCAUCAAUAACAGAGGAAUAUAAAUGCAGUAUGUUUGUCUAUUCCUACUGUUUUUUUCACACUUUUUCUUUUUUCCCCAGUUUAUUUUUUCGUGUCUCUGUCGCUCCCUUCUGGUUCCUCUUUCACCUCCAGCCACAUGUUGCGACACUAACUGUCAAAGACAGAUGACCCAAGCUUGGCAUGUGUAUGUGUGUGUUUAUGUGUAUGCGUACGUGUGUGUGUGCCAGGAGUGGGAAGGUCUAGCUCUAACCUGAUGCUAUUAAUACCACCUAAUGAACAUAAUCUGGAGGGUAGGUUAUCCUCUUACAUUUGUUGGCUGGACGAAUGAGGGGAGGAGGGAAGAGCAAGUGAAAGAGGAGGGAAAAGCUGUGCUGUAGUUUCACUUCGAAUGCGCUCUGUCUACCAAGCUGAAGUGCCUUCUCCCUCUGUCUCUCUACUGCUCCACUGAAUGGAAGAAACAGAAAGCUAAACAGAUGUUUAAAGUUUUGUUUCUUAUCAAAGUUGACUCCCCUUUAUAUUGCCCUCCCUCUAUCUCUCUGGAUGUGUUGUACCAGAGUGCAAUGCUGUUUACUGCUUUAUUGUGCUUGAGUGUGUAUAUACACUAAGGCAAAAAUAUAAGAUCAAGAUAAAACUCGCAGAGUACACAAAGUGGAAGCCGUAAUUAUAUUGUCUCAAGGCAUGAGCUAUCUACCGACUUACUCAGGAGCUAGAAUAUCUGGCUGUUGGACUCUCACAUCUGAUGGCAGUGGAGAUGGUGAGGGAUCACUGGAUCGGCUUCUCCCCUCAGUAAGCACAGGCCUGUCACCCAGGAAAAGAACCACUAGCCAGUGUAAGUCUGAGCCUCCUCUCCUACGCACCUCCAAGCGAACCAUCUACACCGCUGGACGCCCACCCUGGUACAACGAACAUGGAACACAGUCCAAAGAGGCCUUCGUCAUUGGUCUGUGUGGGGGCAGCGCUUCAGGAAAGACAACCGUAGCCAGGAAAAUCAUUGAAGCUCUAGAUGUUCCAUGGGUUGUACUACUCUCCAUGGACUCUUUCUACAAGGUCCUGACCCCAGAGGAACAGAUUCUGGCUGCCAGUAAUGACUAUAACUUUGACCACCCUGAUGCUUUCGACUUUGAUUUGCUGAAACAUAUCCUGCGCAAACUCAAAAAGGGAAAGAGUGUGAAAAUCCCGGUGUAUGAUUUUACAACUCAUGGGAGACAUAAGGAGUGGAAAACUGUAUAUGGAGCCAGUGUUAUCAUCUUUGAGGGAAUCAUGGCCUUUGCAGAUAAAGAGCUCUUGCAGUUGCUGGACAUGAAGCUUUUUGUGGACACAGACUCGGACAUCCGGCUGGUGCGCCGGUUGAGGAGGGACAUUUCUGAGAGGGGACGAGAAAUUGAGGGAGUCAUCAAACAAUACAACAAGUUUGUCAAGCCAGCGUUCGAGCAGUACAUUGAGCCCACCAUGCGCCUGGCUGAUAUUGUGGUGCCACGUGGUGGUGGCAACAUGGUGGCCAUUGACUUGAUCGUGCAGCAUGUCCACAGUCAGCUGGAGGAGAGGAAACUUCGCUGGGAUAUGGCAGCUCUUGCAUCUGCACACCAGGCCCAACCCCUACCCCAGACCCUCAGCGUUUUGGACAGCACACCCCAGGUCAAGGGUAUGCACACCAUCAUCAGAAAUAAGGAAACCAGCCGCGAUGAGUUCAUCUUCUACUCAAAGAGGUUGAUGCGUCUGUUGAUUGAGCGAGCGCUCUCCUUCCUCCCCUCACAGGUCCACGUAGUCCAGACCCCCCAAGGAGAGGAUUAUGAAGGCAGGACUUUCCAUGGGAAGAGGAUCACAGGCGUGUCCAUCCUGCGAGCCGGGGAGACCAUGGAGCCGGCUCUUAGGGCCGUCUGCAAAGACGUCCGCAUUGGCAAGAUCCUCAUCCAGACCAACCAGGACACAGGAGAACCGGAGCUCCAUUACCUGCGUCUACCGAAAGACAUCAGCGAAGAUCAUGUGAUUCUGAUGGACUGUACUGUGUCCACGGGAGCUGCUGCCAUGAUGGCUGUACGAGUCCUGCUGGACCAUGACGUUCAGGAGGACAAGAUCCUACUGGUGUCUUUGCUAAUGGCUGAAAUGGGAAUCCAUUCAGUGGCCUACGCAUUUCCACAGGUCAAAAUCAUCACCACAGCUGUUGACAAGAAGGUCAAUGAUCUCUUCCACAUCAUACCUGGCAUAGGAAACUUUGGGGAUCGGUACUUUGGAACAGAUGCACCCCCUGACUGGAGCGAUGAAGAGCUGGAUGAGCCCAGUUACUGAUGAAAUUAUUGGCAGUGCACUAACUAUGCUUCUGUCAGGCUAUAAAAUUUAUCCUUCAAGAGCCAAACAAUGGUGCCCUGAAAAAUAAACUGAACAGGACAAACGUUGUUAAUAUACAGCCACCUUUGUGAAAUUUUUAAUUAAAUUAUUUAAUCUUGUGUAAAUACUCUUGUGGAAAGUGAUGUUGAAAUAUUUUUCUAUGAUCAGUAAGUUAUGAAGGCCUAAUGUUUUAUUUUGGCUUUUAAAUUGUGAGAAUCUCUGUAUCGAAAUUUGCAGACAUGUUGGUUUUGAAAAGAUAUAUCUAGCCUUAAGCCGUGUGCUGCGUACGACACAACUGAAUGUAAAUUUGCACGUGCUGUACAAAAAAAAAAGAAAAAUCAAGCUUGUAAGGUUAUUUUUAUCACAUACCUUCUUCACAACUUUCAAAAAUCAGAACAUGAACUCAUGGUUGCUCAACUUCCAUUGCCAUGAGCACUUUCUGAAGGACCAUUCAAUCGGAAAAUGUGUAGGUGUAUCUGUCUUUUUUUUCUUUUUCUUUUUUUUUUUUUAGCUCUCUGGUUCAGCCUUUUCCUUCUCUCUGGAUGCUGACCUAACCAGUAGAAAAGGAUGUUGAAAAUUGUUUUUCAUUAUACAGCUAAAAGUAUGCACUUGUGGUGUGUAUUUAUGCAGUAUGUCCUUCAUUUACAUAUUUUAUACUAUGGAUAGACUUGACCAGUGAAGAGGCAAGUAGUACAUCUUUUUACUGCUAUGAAACUGGGUCAUCUGCAUUUAACAAACACAGACUAAAUGUUUAUUUCAGUCCCACACGUCCUGAUUUAUGCCUCUUUUAUCAUGCCGUAGAUGGGUUUGUUUCUUUUUUGUUUUAGGAAAAAAAGAGCCUGCUGAAUGGUGGAUACAUAUGAACUCAGAACAAGUGAAAAAGUGUCCUGUUAGUGCCUAAUCUUUUUACACUGUCAGUAUUGGAAACAAAUGAGAUCUGUUUGUUAAAGUGAGUGCCUGUUUAUUAUUGCCUUGGUCUGAAGGAUAAUUUCAACAGUAUGGUCGCAUUCUACAAUAGUCAUCCACGUGCUCAUCACAAAUGAUGCAAUGAGACGUCAGAAGGAGAGCGCUGCAUAGAAAGUGCGCUUUGCAUUUUGCUAUCAUCAUGUAGUGACUCCCCUUUUGAGUACAUGAAUAUGAUGUUCUCUUCUACACAUUUACAAGCAAUUAUCAGUGUACCAUAUUUAUUCGGAUUUACAUUUCUUAAGAGUUGUAAUUGCUCUUUUGCUUUCUAGAGAAAAAAUGAAAAUGUGCAACUUAAUACAUUAUCAAUGGUUACCGCUACUACUGUUAGUUCACCAUAAUCCUCCCUUUGAAUCAACUGCUACUGUAAAGUAUGUGCUAAAUACAACCGUUAGCAAGUCACUGAAAAUCCAUUGACCGAGUUUGUAGCCUCAGUGUUUGACUGUGUGCUGUUUAACUCUUCUGCUGCAUGUUUUUUGUUUUUAAAAAAAAUAUAUUUAAUAAAAGUGCAAUAGAGCUUUUAAAUUUC